AGUCUCAACAAACGCGCAGCGUUCAAUGUGUCGGUGGAGCGUUGAGGCGUGUGGGUAACGUGGAGGGAGAGAGCGCUGGCGGGCUGCCUGCGUGCGCACGUUUUUCCCCUAAAUUUCGCGCAACCCUCGAGCAUCGUUCGGCGACAAGAGUGGCGAAGGUUAGAGGGUGCGCGACGCGUUUCGAGAGAGGAUGGUUAAACUUUGUCCGUUGUUAAUCGAGUCGCGCGAGUUGGUGAAGUUAGGCGAGAAAAUCGGUGAGUCGCGGUGAAAGAGCCGACGCGGGUCUCCCGUUUACGAGGUGCACGAGUGCGGCAAGGGUGGCGGGCCCUUCUCUGCCGUUGGCGAGUGCGGCAGAGGGGUUGCGUGUUGGUAGCAUUGAGCGGGGCAGGAGGAACGGGAAACACAGCACCGGGCGGACGUUUCCCGCGCACGUGAGUACAGCGCGAAGCGAGGCGAGUGUCAACACUCGAGCGCGAGACGUCGACCGCCACCGGCCCGACGACCGGCCGCAACUUCACGGCGUAGCGCGGAUCUCGCACGCACGUCACCGGGCACGCUAUUGUUUCGGGAAAGUGUUGACGAGUUUCGCGCAACGUGACAUUCGCGAUGGGGCAUCGAGGACGCGCGUCGUCCCUCUCUCCCGCGUGGUGUAAACAGGCAGAUUCGCGAGUGGUGUGAGUGAAGUGAGAGAUCCGAAAACGGUCUGUUUUCUUUUGCGCGCGACUCGUCGUCCGUCGGUCGCAAUUCCGUCGCGUUGAGGUGCGUCGUUUCGCGCGUUCGACAUUUAACGAGGAUUCAACGGCAGCGUCUCGAGAUCGCAUCCGGUGGAUUACGUGUUUGCACACACCUGUCCCGACGGACAGAAGAAGCGUGACCAAUCGUAUCUUAUCUGCGCGAUAAACGGAAGCCGAAAGUGAAAAAGUGACUCAUUUAAGAAAGGUCACCGGAGUUUAAUAAACAACGGUGAGAAGCCAACGCUUCUGCUCUCGCCGUUAAGUCCACAUACAAAUACAAAGUGACGUUUAAAUGUUAACGCUCGGCUGAUUCCGGGAAGGUCGUUACAAGGAAAAUCUGCGCUGCGGCCUUUCGCUGUUCGAUGGCGGCGCGAGUACCGCUCGACGUGCCGCUUCCGGUGCACCAUUCGCGUGGCGUUCAACGGAAGCUGAGGUGAGUUCGCGCAUCUCGGCCAUCCGAGAGCGGCUGCAGUCUCGAAUUUCGUUUGCGCCAAACGUUGGAACGAUCAUCCAUCUCGUCGGCGCGAUGGAGGACGUCGGAGGCAGCACGCCGUGCAUCGACGGCAGCAACAUUCACGACAGCGUCGACAGCGGCUACCUGUCCAUCGUGACGCCGCAGACCAGCGGUGGCGGCGGUGGCGGCGGCGGCUGCACCCCGAAGUUAGCCGGCUACAGGACACGCUCGUCCAGCGGCGCGAUUCUCUCCGCUUACAGGAAGCACAGGCAUCGUCCGGAUCCCUUCCAAUGCGAGAGGGUGCACAAGCACCGCUCCAGGCUCAAUCAUCGGCUGAACGUCUCGGAACUCGACUACCUCGCGUCCGAGAGCAUAACCGAGCAAGAUUCGGUGUUGGAACCGUCGUCGUGCGCGCACAGCCUGGUGAGCUCGACCCCGAGCUGCGCCGUUGGCGACGAUGCCCUCGAGCAUCAGGCUGCUCUUGGGAAUAGGAGGAACUGGCGGACCACGGUGCCCGUCACCCCCGCGUCCAUCACUGACCUCCGAAUUCUCUCGCCGCCCCCGUCGCCGGUGGUACCCUCCUCGUCCUACGUGGCCUCGGUACCGAUCCAGGAGGAUGAGGAGAUGAAGCUAGUCCAUACGCCACGAGGCAAGUCGCAACGGAUCGCCACGACGCCGCCGAAGCUGAGAGUUGUGAUACCGCGGAUCGAGAUCUCGCCGGUUCGCACGAGAAACGGCAGCAGCAGCAGCAGCAGCAGUAGCAACAGUCCCACCAUAACGUCGGUGGAUAACCAAAAGUUGCGGGAACUGCGCAUCACGGACCUGGCCGCGUCCGAGAUCAAGCCGAAGAAGCUGGACUUCAGCCAACGCGGCUGCCUGUCGUCGCUGCGGAAAAGCAGGAGAGCCACUUUGGACUACACGGGAAAGGAGAAGGUUGACUUCCUGUCUCUCCUCGGAGAGGAGAGCAAUCAUUUGAAUCUGGUGUCGAAGAUUCUGUCGUUCCUCUCGCCCCAUGACCUCUGCUCGGUCUGCAUGGUGUCCACGGUGUGGCGAAGGAUCUGCAAGAGCGACAAUUGCGCCAAUAAGCGAAGAAUGAGUUUCAUCAUGCGCAGGCACACCAUCAAAGAGAACUUGUUGCUGUUGGCGAUGGCGAAGAAGGUGAAACGCGAGGAGGAUAUACAGACGAGUCCUAGGAGCAGACGCUACGUUCGGAAGGGCUACCUACUGGACGUGCAGAACUUGCUGCAAAUACCAGCUCAGCCAAAUAGUCCGCCCGUAUCACCGAGCAAAAUCAAAUUUCAUUCCUUCGUCAAGGCUAGUCGUACGCUCGCAAAUGGCGAGUACCUGUUAGCGUGUCCGAGGUGCAGCUUUCCUUGCCACGUGAAUAGUGAGAAGAACGUGGGUGCCUGUUCGAGGCAGGGCUGCUCCAUCGAGUUCUGCAUCUCGUGCUCGUCAAAGCCGCAUGCGGGCCCGUGCAAGACAUCCUUACUGGCCACUCCGACAAAGCGCAACAACAAACGACUGAUUGCAGGAUCAAGGCAAAGCAAACGGAAUCUACGACGAUUAUAAAUCAAUUCCUUUUUCUUCAGUCGAUUCGCGAUCGUUUGCGAGGAGAGAAGAACUAGUCUAGUUACGGAGUCGCGUUGAAUCUAUCGAGAGAAGGCACGUGUAUUGUAGAGAAAAUAUGUACUGUAGAGAAUAUUAAUUUAUCUAUCGUAUCAGUUUUAUAUUCAUUUUAAUCACAAGAGUCAAAAGCGAUUUUAGUCUAGUUUGAAGGAUAAAUUAAUUAUUCUAGUGAUUAAUUUUUUCAAUUUAUGGCAUUGGAGUAAAACUGAUGCGACAGCGACGACUUGUUGCGUGUCCGAGUAAAACUUUUUAUACAUAAUCAUGUACGAAAUUUGUCUAUAUGUCUGUAACCAUAUCUGAUUUUAUAUUGAUUGUUAUAUAAUCAUACGUAAAUAUGUAUGAUCAUGCUUACUCUGUUAUGUGUAUAUGUAUUUUUGAGAAACACGCUUACUGUAAUAGGAUUUGAGCUGCUAAGCAUGUAUGUGCAUUAAAUACAAAGUAUAAUCAUAUAUUAUUAUUGCGUAUAUAAUUGUAUAAUUGCACAACAUAAUCAGGUAGGAUAUGAUCAUAUAAAGACAAAUUUCGUAUAUAUAUUUAAUAUAUAAUAACUAGUAUACGUAGUCAUAUGUCGUGUAUGAAAAUUUUUACUCGAGUGUCGAGAUGAAUUCGGUUGUAUAUUGUAGCAGUAUGACAUCUUCAUAGUUCGAGAUCUUAUACCAUGCAUCUAUAUAGCUAAUAUCUCUAUAGCUAUAUAGCUAAGUGCCUUUAGGGGUGUUUUCGUACAGCAUAUUAGCUUAUGAGGUGGCAUAAGCAUAUUUAACCGCCGUAAAUGCCGCUCGUGAAUGAUUUUUAAACGCCGUAAAAUUCACGAACGCCCCGAUCCGUCGACACCACGAAAGGAACUGAUGUCGUCGAAGUACAGUUUAAAUCUCCCGAACGACGUUGGCGGAUGCGCAACCGAAUCUUUCUCUAGUCCUCCUCCUCGACGAUCUUCGGAGCAAAUUCCGCCCUGAGCGAUGUAGCUGAGUGGAGAACGAGAGAAAGAUAGAAGGGGGCGAUAGAACGAGAGGCUAGCGAUCAGAGGGAGAGUACCCUCGACGGGACACAGAGAGAAAAGAAGAGAAUGCGAAUGCGGGAGGGAAGAGAGAAAUGAGUAGCCAUAAAGGCAACGGUCGUAAAACCACGUAAGGUACCGGCGAAACACUUUGCGGCGCCCGGAUAUUCCGCUUUUUACCGGGUGCUUUUGGCCCCUUAAUGAAGACGGGGAGAUAGUCGGUCGAGGGCCCACGCGCGUUUCUUGCGGUCUGGGCCCGUCCGCAGAAACUGCUUUCUUCCUCCCUCUUUGUUUCUCUCACGGAAAUCGUAAAACACGAUAACUGCCGAGACGGUCGCGAACUCUGAUGUCUCGUCGAAAUGUGAACAAGACGAAUUCGUCUAACAGCUCGGUCGGACUUAACAUUCUCAUGUGUAAAAGUUAGAAACGUAGGGAGUUUCUAUUUCUUUUCUGCAGACGUUUUUUUGUUUCCCUUUCAAUCCUGCUCAACGGAAUACGAGUAAUUUAAUUAAUCUUUACUUUUACAAAAUACGUAAUAUCGAAUUCGCGAAAGAAAGGGUGAAAAUGGGACAUGAUAAAGUUUUAAAACUCCAAUGUUUUGUCGUAUAUAAUAUUUAUAGUAAAUGAACGAUUAAGAUAAAAAAUCAAUCAUGUUUCAAAUCAAAUAUGUAUUUUCUGAAGUCCCAAAUUUACAGUUAUAUUAGUCUCAUGCACCAUCCUCUCUUUUGUAUGUCGAUAUCGUUAAAAUUAUAUUUCACAAGAAUACACGUCCUUUUCUCUCUCCGACGCGAAUACCGUAUUCUCGCUUAAUAAGUAUUGUCAAAAUUGUAUGGAAAUAAAUGUAUGCGAGCGUGCGAGAAGUAAUCAGGAUCAGAAUAGGAAACAAGAACAGAAAAAAUGGAUAGUUACACAUAAAUUACAAAAAAAUUAUUACAUCACAAUAUAAGUCAGCUGUUAAUAAUUCCGUUUUAUCUGUUGUAUUAAUGAGAAAAAUAAGAUUUUAUGCAAGAGCGAGGAAUUUAAUUUCAAGUCUUGUUUUAGGGAACAACAUAUAUUAUUUGUUCCGCACUUCUUGAUGUUAGAAGCUGCAAAACCGGAAUGUUCGACACUUGUGCCAUGAUUAAGUUCAUGCCAUAAUAAUUGCCAUAUUUUAAAAACUGACAUAAUUACGAGAGAAAAAGAAACGAAUACAUGUUUCGCUAAUUUUCAUCUUCAAGUAAAAUCCUGAAUGGGGUGCCAUAUUAUAUU